AUGAAUAUUUUCUACAUUUUUCUGAUUUUUGUGGUCAUUGCAUCUGUUGAUUCUGUCGCCUCAAACAACAUUUUCUCCUCAAUUUUCUCUUUCGGCAAAAAGAAACCACCAAGUACCCCUGCUCCAAGCUAUUCAAAAGAUUCUUCCUCCAGAUGCAAUGUACAAACGUCGCAAUGCUCGGCUUAUGAAUGCUGUAAUUCUGACCAAACAUGCCUUCGAAAUAGAUGUUUCCCCAGACUAUCAAACUGUCCAGUAACACGAGAUCAAUGUGGAAACUCAUGCUGCAAAACAUCAGAACAAUGCCGAAAUGGAAGAUGCAGUCGUUAA